AUGUCGUUUUUUGGUCCUGACGAAGAUAUAAAUUCCGUCCUUAACAAACCAUCUGUGAAAGUGUCAAUGUUUUUGUCUUGGAUGGAACGUAACAAAGACCCGAAUGACACAGUGGCCCGUACCCUUACUUAUGUUCAGUUUCCAAUUUUUUAUGUAUCGAACAUUGAAAAUCGUUGUUGGGAACCUAGACAAAAGGCAAAAGCGAUUGGCAGAAUUCACUCUGUACCCCCUUCUUUUGGUGAAGCAUAUUUUUUAAGGAUUCUUCUUAACAAAGUCAAAGGGCCAAAAUCGUUUGAGGACAUUAGAACCGUUAAUGGUCAUGUACACGAUACCUUUAGAGAUGCGUGUUACGCACUUGAUCUUUUGGACGAUGACACGGAGUACAUUGAAGCAAUCAAGGAAGCAAAUGAAACAGCAACAUGUUCAUAUAUUAGUGUUUUGUUUGCAAUGAUGUUGUUAUCAAAUACUUUGUCUAGACCUGAGGUGGUAUGGGAAAGCACGUGGAAAUAUAUGACAGAUGACUUUAUGUACAGAUUAAGAAAAUUUCAUCGAUCAGAAGCUUUGUCAGUUCCUGAGGACCACCUUAAAAACUAUGCUCUGGGCGAAAUAGAAAAAUUUUUACUUCGGAAUAACUCAUCUCUACGAAGGUUUUUAACAAUGCCAUAUCCUGAUGAAGCGUCUUUAGCUGAUUCACAAAAUCGCCUAAUAUAUGAGGAGCGUUGUUACACCCAAUUAGAUCGUGGAAACGAGUACGAAAGGCAAAUGAGUAUGCUAAACGAUGAACAACGGUAUGUUUUUGAAGAAAUACUGAAAGCCGUUGAAGGUGACGCAGGUGGUGUAUUCUUUGUCUAUGGAUAUGGUGGAACCGGUAAAACAUUCUUAUGGAAGACAUUGUCUGCGACAAUUAGAUCUAAGGGUCAAAUUGUAUUAAAUGUCGCAUCAAGUGGAAUUGCAUCGUUGCUACUGACUGGGGCAGGACUGCACACUCCCGGUUUCAUAUUCCUUUAA